AUACUUCCUGCUUCCUGAAUCAUCUCACCAAGGGUUUCUCCACAUAAUCUAUGCGGUGGUUGACUUCAGUGUUUUUCUUGCAGAAUUCUGAUAUUUAUGAGUUAUUAUGGCUACUACUACUUCAGCUGCGGUUACAGAACCUCCUGGAUUAGAGACUCAACGCAAAGAAAUCGAGUCUUUACUUCAGGAACAUGAACUCCGUGCAGGGGAUACUUGGUACCUGGUGGAGAGGCGAUGGUAUGAGCAGUGGAAGGAGUAUGUGGAAACAGGAGACCAGAACUCCUCUUCUUUUCCUGGACAGAUUGACAACACAGAGCUGUUUGAGGAACUGGAUUCAUACCACCUGAAGGAGCGUCUGGUGGAGAAUGAGGACUUUGUGUUGAUCCCUGCUGAAGCAUGGCAUAAGCUUCUGGCCUGGUAUGGCAUGGUAGAGGUCCAGCCUGCCCUGGAGCGGAAGGUGGUGGAUCUGCCCAGCCUAGUCAAGGUUGAGGUCUACCCCGUGGAAAUCUUCUUGUGCCUCCAUAGCAACAUGGAAAAUGUUGUGACGGCACAGUUUAGCCGUGCUGAUCACAUCCAUACGAUUCAGAAGGUGAUGAUGACGCAGUUUGAUGUGGUGGAGGGGGCAGAGACCCGGCUGUGGAUGAAGAGCUCAGACACCAGCUGUGAGAGGCUGAGGAAUGUCCACGUCAGAGUCCUCGACUCCUGCCUCAGCUCUGGCAUGACGGUGAUCAUGGAGAUGAGGAAUGCAGAUGGUACCUGGCCCAGCUCCAGACCGCAGAUCAUGAGGAACUCUGUGGAGGAGCAGGACUCUUACCGAGGCCAGCCAGGAGUCUGCGGCCUCACCAAUCUGGGAAACACAUGUUUCAUGAACUCUGCACUGCAGUGUCUCAGUAACACACCUCCACUGACGGAGUACUUCCUGAGGAAUGCCUAUCUGGAGGAGCUCAACUUCACCAACCCCCUGGGCAUGAAGGGGGAGAUCGCAGAGGCCUACGCAGAUGUCAUCAAACAGAUGUGGUCGGGGAGGCACUACUCUGUGGUUCCCAGGAUCUUCAAGACCAAGGUUGGUCACUUUGCCUCCCAGUUUCUGGGCUACCAGCAGCAUGACUCCCAGGAGCUGCUCUCCUUCCUGCUGGACGGGCUUCAUGAGGAUCUCAAUCGGGUCAAGAACAAGGAGUACAUCGAGCUGAGGGACGCCGCUGGCAGGCCUGACCAGGAAGUGGCAGAGGAGGCAUGGCGUAACCACCGGAGACGGAACGACUCCGCGAUUGUUGACACCUUCCACGGCUUGUUCAAGUCCACCCUGGUUUGCCCCGAGUGCCGCAAAGUGUCUGUCACCUUUGACCCCUUCUGCUACCUGAGUGUGCCCCUGCCUGUUAGCAAGGACCGGGUUAUGGAGGUAUUCUUUGUCUCUCUGGAUCCUGUGGCCAAACCUGUUCAGCAUCGCUUGGUUGUACCCAAAGCUGGCAAAGUGUUUGACCUGUGCGCCGUUCUCUCGGAAAUGACCAAAAUCCCAGCCAAUCAAAUGGUUGUGGCUGACGUGUUCAACCAUCGCUUCUAUAAGCUGUACCAUGCUGAUGAGUCUCUAAGCUGCAUCCUGGACCGGGAUGACAUAUUUGUGUAUGAGCUGAACAGAGGGUCUAUGGAGGAGGAGGGGGAUGAGGUGGUUCUGGCUCUGUACCUGAGGGAGCGCUCCCACUACAGGGACUACGGCUCAGGGAGCAGCAGCUACGGGACGUCCCUGUUCGGACACCCACUGCUCAUGACCGUGCCUCGAGGCCAGUGCAGCCGUGACGCCCUCUAUCACCUCUUCCUGCAGCGGCUAGCGCGUUAUGUCCGACCACCAGAUCCCUCAGAGGAGGAGGAUGAGGAGGAGGGUGAAGAUGAUGAUGACGAUGAGGAGGAAGAAUUGUACAAGACCCAGACCAAUGGUGUCAGCUACGAUGACGGCGAGGAUGACUGUGAGAGGCCAGAACCCUCCAAGAGGGAUCACUGUUGUGAUGGUGUCGGCCAAGGGCCUGCUGUGACCCAGACUCAGCCAGACCAGACCCAGGAGUCUGGAGGAGAGGCACCAGCUGACGAGGGGUCCAGCAGUGAGGUCAGGGCGGGGUGCAGCACAGAGGACAGUGCCUCGGCAUCCUGUAGUGCCUCGGCAUCCUGUAGUGCCUCGGCAUCCUGCAGUGCUGGAGCCAGUGGUGGUGCUGGAGCAAGUGGUGGUGCUGGAGCAAGUGGUGGUGCUGGAGCCAGUGGUGGUGCUGGAGCCAGUGGUGGUGCUGGAGCCAGUGGUGGUGCUGGAGCCAGUGGUGGUGCUAGUGUUGAUGCCAGUGCUACAGGCCCAACAGACAGCCAGCAGGGUGCAGACCACCAGCAGCAGCAGCAGCCAUGUGAGGAGGAGGAGGAGGAGGAGGAGAGGGGUGAGUGCCCCCCCUGCCUGCCACAGGCCAACGAGAGGCAGGCAAAGAGAAAGGGCUGCGAGGCCAGACGGAGGAAGCUGCUCUUCUCCAUCCAGGCGGUCAACUCCAACGGCACCACAGAGAGAGGCAUGGGAGAGGACGGCAGUGCCUUCUCUUUUAGCUCUCAACCAUAUGUAGCCAUGGACUGGGAUCCUGACAUGAAGAAAAAAUACUACAACGAGAAUGAGGCAGAGAAGUAUGUGAAACACCAAAGCAUGGAGGUUCCUCACCAGCAGACCACAGUGCAGCUGCAGGAGUGCAUUGAGCUCUUCACCACUGUGGAGACCCUGGAGGAAGAAAACCCUUGGUACUGCCCAAUGUGUAAGAAACACCAACUGGCCACUAAGAAACUGGACCUGUGGUCACUGCCGGAGGUUCUCAUCAUCCACCUGAAGCGCUUCUCUUACACCAAGUACUCCAGGGAGAAGCUGGACAUCAUCGUUGACUUCCCUCUCAGACACCUCGACUUUUCAGGUUGUCUGCUGAGGAAGACCGGUGCAAACGGAGAGCCGCCCAGCCGAUAUGAUCUGAUAGCAGUAUCCAACCACUACGGUGGACUCCGUGAUGGACAUUACACCAGUUAUGCCCAGAACAAAGACAACGGACAAUGGUAUUACUUCGAUGACAGCAAGGUGACAUAUGCAAGGGAGGAACAAAUUGUGACCAAUGCUGCCUACCUCCUGUUCUACCAACGACAAGAUAAGAUUCGCCAGCCCACCUUACCCGCCCCCUUGGACAGCUCCUCUCCCACCCAGCCUGCUAAUGAUGUCACUUCCCCCAAACCCGAUGGGAUGGAGGGAGCCACUCCCUGUGUCAACAUGGAAACAGACUGAAGCAGAUUUGUUAGUUGUUUUUUUUUCUUUUUCCUGAGUUGAUGGGGCUUUUUGAUUUUGUAUUGUUUUAUUUCUUUUCUAUUCCAAAAAAACUUGAACCUUCUUCCUCUGUUCUGCAUUGAACAAGGAGUGAGAGGCUAGAUUCUCAGGCCGGUGGAGAAGAGUGAGGAAUACAAUUUAUUCUUUCUUUUUUUCUUUUUUUAAAGAUUAUUGAGUAAAUCUGGGGACACCAAUAUAGUAGAACAUUGAAUGAUGAAAUCUGUCAUUGCUUAAUCAGACUAAGGUAUGCAGUGUCUGUCUAUGCUGAUGCCAAAUGGACCUCUUAGUGAUUGGAUAUAGUCAAUCAUAAUUUAGAUGAUUCAAGACCUAUGAAUUGUGAAUAUCUGUGCACCACUAUCUAUCUGUACUGUGAUGCACUGCUGGAAAGGUGACUUCUAACUUUGAUCCACUGCUGUGCUUCUUAAUUGAGCUGAAAUUGAGGCAGAUUUCCUUGAGGCUGUUUGAAUAGAUUUAAACGCAUUUUGCUCUAGAAGGUAAAUCACAAUGUAUGAGGUUAAAGGCCCAGUGCAGUCAAACUUGAUUUCCUGUGUUUUAUAUAUUUCAUUAUGAGGUUGGAAUAAUACUGUGAAAUUGUGAAAAUUAUGCCGUUUUGGUGUAAGCUAUUUUGAAAAUACCUGAAUUUCAGCUUGAUUUCCAUGGGUGGAGUUUUGGCAUGCCUUGUGACAUCACCAGGUGUUAUAAGUUAGACCAAUAACAGUUUCAAACCUCCCUACCAAUAACGGCUAGUUUUCAGGAUACAUAUCCCUCCAAUUAUGGCUCAUUCAAUACAAUUCAGAAAUAUCUGACUUCAGUGCCUUCAAGACAACUGAGAACUCUGAGAAGAAAAACUCUGACUGGUAAAAAUAGUUUUGAACGGUCAUCCACCUCGGAAUUCCGAAUCGGAAAACUGUGGCAUCUUUCUAGAACUCAGACUGUCUGACUUGAAGAUCACUGACAUCAUGAUUUGACCUCGCCCCGCCCCCCAUUAAAAAAAAACAACAUAUAUAUUAAAUCACAGUAAGGUACUUAAUUGUUACACAGAAAUGAUUUGAUAUUCAGAUCAUAAGGGAAAGGGAAAAUCCACUCAAAAGCUAUCUUUUGUUAUUUUUCCAUUAGUCCGCUAUUGAUACAGCAAAAUACAUCAUCAUGAUGAUGUGGUCAGUGACCCUUUGCUUCUUGAAUGUCCAAUAUCUUGAAAACUUGACUGCUGAUAUGGGAAACAUGUUGUGGCUGUCAACAGUGUACUAUUGAAAAAUACCCCUAAGAUAGUUUUUGUGGAUUUACACUUUAACAGCAUGGAUAACCUGGUUUGAGUUAACUCCUGAUUUUAAAAUUAGAUGACAUUCUCCUAUUACUCUGUUUUCUUUAUAUCAAGAACUGCAUUAACCGAAACAUUGCAAUGUGAUUUAUAUGGAACAUAAAGGUGAAGAAAACCAUAGUAUUAGAAGCAGACACUUUGAAUACCGUUGGAGGCGUUGUAUAUUUUCUCUUGCGAUCCAUUAUUUGUUUUUCAUUGAAUUAUCAGACACACAUAAAUUGGGCCUCUUGGUGCUCAUGGACAUAUUUCUAGUGUAGGAUUAGUUUUCCACUAUGAACAGUGAUUUUGAGAUAGAAUCUCUGGUGCAGGACAUAAACAGAUGCAUAUUUUUCGCAUUCAAAUAUAAUUUGUACUCUUUUAGUAGAAGCAAAUAAAUGGCUACAUCUUUAGAAUUAGAUAUUAGUUUAAUUUUAUUCUGUGCAAUUUCUUAAUGAUGAGCAAUGGAUAGAGAGCUCUAAAAUGAUUUUUUAAAGCGCAUCUGUACAGUAUUUUUCUAUUGUAAUAAAUGUUUUGUCUUUGGUCAUCUGAUUCAGAGACAGGGAUGGGGUGAAUUAAUUGACUUUGUUAAUAGAUUAAAUAUUUUAUUGUAUACUCAUCUUUUGAUAUUAAUAAAUGAUUACUAUAGCCAGUAGGCAUGAGGUAGAUUUGACACUUUUACAUGACAUCCUGGCUUUCCUUAUCUUUUUUACCAGUAAAUGAUCAGGGUUUACUAUCCGAUCGAAGGUGGCUGUGAGAGCUGGUUAACUCGAGCCCUUCUUUAGAGAUGUCGUUUAGAUUGGGCUGUGGCCAUGCUCUGAAUGGCAAGGCCUGCUUAGUUUGGGAUGUUCAUUAUUUUCCUGAGAGCAAUAUGCAGUUGUCCAUAUGCAGUUUAUAGAAACUGAAGCGGAAGGCCAUUAUUCUGCCUAAAAACCUGUAAAAGGUCAAUCUUCAUAUUUUUGUUUGUCAAUCACAUUGGUACAAUAUGUCCAGGCACACACAAGGUUAAUGCCAGCCAGCCAGCCUGACUACACAAUUAUCUUAUUCACCAACACCCGUUUGGUCUGAAAUUGCUGUUCAAAACAGAAAGCCAUUUUGUACAAUGGAGUGACUGCAAUGAUUAUAUUCUUGUAUCAACAUGCGAUUGGUGAUGCUGCAGUAAAUGUCUGGGCUUUUAGUGGGAACAGAGGCACUCUCCAAGGUAGUUUAGUGUUUUCUGAGUGAUCUGGAAGAGGCCAAGCUGCCAUCCCAAACAUAUUCCUUGGUCCUCUACUUAACGUCCAGUACGAUACAUGAAUGUCCACAUUUAGGAUGUUGCAGUGCACUGAAUACUGUACCGAUUUUCUUAUACGAGAAACCUUUUUACAUAAAAUUUUCAUAUUCAUACCUUAAUGAAAAUGGGCAUUUCACACCUGCAUCAUCUUCCCCUUCUGUCCCAAUGUUACUUUGACACGAUGCAGUGAAGUUGCUACUUUGCGAUAUGUGAAAUAAAAUAUUUAAGUCUGAUUCAUUCUUA